CCCCUCCCCGGGGCUUCCGCUUCCGGUUCUGACGGACGCUCCGGCCGUAACGAUGAUCGGGGACAUCCUGUUGUUCGGGACGCUGCUGAUGAACGCCGGCGCGGUGCUCAACUUUAAGCUGAAAAGAAAGGACACGCAGGGCUUUGGGGAGGAGUCGAGGGCUCCCAGCACAGGUGACAACAUCCGGGAAUUCCUGCUGAGCCUCAGAUACUUCCGGAUCUUCAUUGCCCUGUGGAACAUCUUCAUCAUGUUCUGCAUGAUCGUGCUGUUUGGUUCCUGAGCCCCCCGAGAUGCAACCAGGAUCACCCCUUUCCAGACGUCCAUUCUCCGCUCCUCAGCUCCUGGCUACUGACUGCAAGAAAGUUUUUGGCUAGAAAACCGGCGACCUGCCCAGAACAUCCAAUCUCGUGGUGGGUGGAAAAACGUUCGCCAAGAUGCGGAUGGUUUCCCAGCCACGUUGUUUUUUUUGUUUUUGUUUCUUUCUCCUGUUUGAAAGAUGUUUUCCCUUUGGUCUCUUGAAUCGGGAUUCUAUCCACUCGAGGAGUCUUGGGAACAUCUCUACCAGCAUCUGCAUCACCCUUACAUUCCCACUAGGUGAAAGAACACGUCUUCAACCAUGUUAGCAUACUGGAACCCCUCCUCUACUGAGGUUUCAGUGCAAACCUGUUUGUGACCAUUUCUUGGCUUGUUUUUAAUCCCCGUCCUUUUGGGUAGAGUUGCAGGGAUGUCUAUCAUGUUUGUCCAGGGAUCUGAGCAGAAAGGUUGGCUUUUAAGUUUGAGGCGGCCUCUCCUUUGGACAGCGUUCGUCAGUAACGAGGACAUUCAGCACUGCCGGGUGCCAUGGUGUCAUGUCCAGGCAGGUGACCUGCCCCAGGGACGCUAACUUCCUGUUUCGACACUAAUCUGUUGGUGGGGGGGUUCGGAAGCGUGUGGGUGAAUUAUCGGUUCUCGUGGAGGAGAGGACAGAACGAUGGGCAGGGAUGGGUGAGUGCGUUAGGGGACGUUUUGUUUUGCCUUGAAGCCCUUUGCUAAAUAAAGUAAACUUUGGGGACCACCAGUUGUCCAGUUGUAAGAAUGAGAAUGGCUUACGUGGGGACAUGGGACAGCGCUCUGAAAGCUUGGGUUUCUAGGUCUGCUCUUUCAAGUUGGCAGUUUCGAGGUUGAGAAACAGUGAGCCCCACUCCCAGAAGCACGGUGAUUUCCACAGAAGCUUCUUUGAAAGGGGGUCCUGGUUUAAUUGCCAAAGCGAAACAUUGGUAAUCAGUCACCUGAAUCCCCCAAGUUUGGGAUUUGUUCGUUGUGUUUUUUGAAGUCCUGACUUGUAAAUCAAUCUGGGGUGGGCGAAAAAGGGAACUACGUGGCUUUUAGAACUAAAUAGCAUUGAAAAUAAAGCUCAUUUCUGAAAAGGA